AGAGGACCGUCUUUACCGACAUGUCCUUGUUUGUGCGUUUUAAUCAGCGAUUGGAAAAUAACAGGUAUCCUUGUCCGUCCGCCUCUCGCACCCAUAAACACCCAGGAGUAAAAGAGAGGGGACGCUGAGUAAAAACAACCCCCGUCUGACCUGGCGGUGUGCGCCUUUCCUGCGCGUUUUUCGGCCCACAUAAGGAGCAGUCCGCUGGGUACAACAGCCGGACUGAAUCGCAACGUGUCUGUGGAGAGUGUCACCGCAGCAGUCGGGCUGUGUGUUUCUAUGGAACAGGCUGCUUUAAUGGGGCUGUCGUCAGCCCGUCUCUCCGCCUCUGGACAGAUGAUCGCCGUGAUUCACGCCUGAAUUUAGACCCAUCGAAGACGACACUGUGUGGAUAUGGAAUGGUGCAUGCCGCUGGGCCAAGUUUUCAGCCUCUGAAAAACACCAGAAUCAUGGACAGUCAUCCGCUGUGCACUAGACUUUGUCCACACUCUCUGGACAAAGAGGACGGAGUGGAAAGGCACGGUCCCGUCACUCUGAACCCUCGCCACAUGAGGAAGGCGUUCAAAGUCAUGAACGAGCUGCGCAGCCAGAGCCUGUUGUGUGAUGUGACCAUAGUGGCAGAGGACGUCGAGAUCGCUGCUCACAGAGUGGUUCUGGCUGCUGGGAGCCCUUACUUUCACGCUAUGUUCACAGGGGAGAUGGCAGAAAGUAGGGCAAAACGAGUAAGGAUAAAGGAGAUGGAUGGCUGGACUCUGGGCCUGCUGAUUGACUACAUCUACACGGCGGAGAUACAGGUCACGGAGGAUAAUGUGCAGGCGCUGUUGCCUGCAGCGGGGCUGCUCCAGCUGAACGAGGUGAAAAAGGCUUGCUGUGAGUUCCUGAGCUCUCAGCUUCAUCCGUCCAACUGCCUGGGAAUAAGAGCCUUCGCUGACCUACACGCCUGCUCCCAGCUUCUCACGCAGGCUAACAGCUUCGCAGAGCAACAUUUCACCGAGGUGGUCGGGAGUGAGGAGUUUCUUAAUUUGGGCAUGGAGCAAGUGUCCAGCCUUAUCGCCAGCGACAAGCUCACCAUACCCUCGGAGGAGAAGGUUUUUGAGGCCGUCAUAGCUUGGGUCAACCACGAUAAAGACGUCCGCCAGGAGCAUUUGGCUCACCUGAUGGAACAUGUCCGCCUGCCGCUCCUCUCCAGAGAAUACCUGGUGCAGCGGGUGGAGGAGGAGUCUCUGAUUAAGAACAGCAGUGCCUGUAAAGACUACCUGAUUGAGGCCAUGAAGUACCACCUCCUGCCGGCCGACCAGAGAGCUCUGAUGAAGACCGCCCGUACACGCAUGAGGACUCCAGCCUGCUGUCCUAAGGUGAUGGUGGUGGUUGGCGGUCAGGCUCCUAAGGCCAUUCGAAGUGUUGAAUGUUACGACUUUGAGGAGCAGCGAUGGUACCAAGUGGCUGAACUCCCAACUAGGAGGUGCCGAGCAGGUGUGGUGUAUGUGGCCGGGUGCGUGUACGCGGUGGGCGGUUUCAACGGUUCUUUGCGUGUGCGGACGGUCGACUGUUACGACCCGAUGAUGGACCGCUGGACGAGCGUGAGCAGCAUGCAGGACCGUCGAUCGACGCUCGGGGCCUCUGUGCUCAACGGACUCCUGUACGCUGUUGGAGGCUUUGACGGUAGCACAGGUCUGUCUACGGUCGAGGCGUAUAACGCUAAGACAGACGAGUGGUUCCAUGUGGCGCCCAUGAGCACCCGACGCAGCAGUGUAGGAGUCGGCGUUGUCAAUGGGAUCCUUUAUGCUGUUGGAGGUUAUGACGGAGCCACCAGGCAGUGUUUAAGUACGGUAGAAGCUUACAACCCUAAAAGCAACACGUGGAGCUAUAUAGCCGAGAUGGGAACAAGACGCAGUGGAGCAGGUGUGGGUGUAUUAAAAGGUUUACUUUAUGCUGUGGGGGGCCACGACGGUCCACUGGUGAGGAAGAGUUGUGAAGUUUAUGAUCCAGCCACUAACAGCUGGAGACAAGUAGCUGACAUGAACAUGUGUCGACGUAAUGCAGGCGUGUGUGCUGUAAAUAAUGUACUCUACGUGGUGGGAGGAGAUGACGGAAGCUGUAAUUUGGCCUCGGUGGAGUUCUACAAUCCGAUCACUGACAAGUGGACGCUACUGCCGACCUGCAUGAGCACAGGUCGCAGUUACGCAGGUGUGACUGUGAUUGACAAGCCCUUAUGACUGCUCUAGACACCUGCCGCUGAUUGGGAGCAGAACGUAUUCUCCUGCUGAGUACUGAUCUUGGAUCUGUCUACGAUGCCAAUGCUUCAAAUGUUGGGCAGCAUUAGCACAGGCACUGACGAAGAUGAAGGAAAUUACAAGAAUGUUGUUGUUGUUGAAGAUGACGAGGAUUUUUGCACUUACCUGAAUGGGGGGAGCUGUAACAAACGAGGGGAUCAAACCUGUGUUUUAACCCCUUCCCCUCCUCUCUCUCGUGGCAGGACUGCAGCAGCGACUGGACAAAGCAGUUUGAAGCAUCCGUGUACCACUGCAGUGCCACAGAAACGCUACUGAUGUGAAGCUACUUUAACUCCAGAGUUAUUUUAACAUUAGUAAUGUUAGCUCAGAGAAAGACCACUGACCUUCUUUAUGGGAGAGGAAGGCAGAGAAGGACCAUUUGGGACUGAAAUAGGUUUCUCUUUCAUUUUUUAAAAAUCCUAUUGAGAAGUGAGUUGUGGGAGUGUGUGUGUGUUUGUGUGUGUGUGUGUACGCUAGCAUUUAAAGGUGCUCCGUUGCUUGCACAUGUGAGCAUGUGUGUUUGUGUGCAUCUGGUGUGGUGACGCCUGGUUCGACGCCGCAUGAACGCACUCCGUGUGACCUCCGAUCUUUUACAGUGUUGCAGGGGGGCUGCUCAAGAGUGCCUGAAUGUCAAAGUACGGUCUGUCUCCCCUUCUCCUCUAUUAUGCCUUCAGUACUGUUACUGGACAGAGAGCGGCUGCUGGUCUGGAAUAGAGAAGACACAUUUUGACUUCAGGUAGGAUGCGAUGGCUGUGUUAGCUCGCUUUCAACCACAACAGCAACAUGAGAAGCAGCUGUAGCAGGUGACGGUGUGCAAUUAUUCUGGAGGAAGCUGACUUUGAUUGGAGCCAGGAGCCUCGUUCACCUUGCCAAAAAAACAAAACAAAACCGUGAUUGGUAGAGGGGAAAAAAAUACAAAAACCAGUUGGAUGUUUCACCUGGCUGCCAUAUUUAGUGUGGUUGUAACCACUCAUGACAACAGCAGGCUGAACUCACUGCAUGGUUCCUGUCUCUAACCUGCUACACUCCAAACCGUACCCUCUUCUCGUUCGGUGUAGCAACUCUAUUAACUACUGCACACCCUGACAUACUAUGAAUGUGCCAAUUUUAAUAUGUCUCUUCUUUUCUGUCUCUCUUUUAUGACUCUUCUUCACGAAUCUGUUCUCUCUUUCUGGAAAGUGACCAAACUUACUGUUGAGUUUCUUUUGUUUCUUCAGUCUCUCGCCUCUCCUACUAUAUUGAGAACUUGCUACAAAUAGUAACUGGUAUCGCUGUUUCUUGUCAGUGUAUUGAGGAAUGUCAUGUAGGCUAAUGACUUUGACAAUGUUUCACUACUUGUUUUAUAUUAUCAUUAAUAAAUAUGCUUCUUGUAUUUAAAGCUGUGAAAUGAUAUAAUCCGUUUUUAAUAUUUUGCCAAAUCAGUAAAACCUUGAAAUGGAAA